AUGAAGCGCACCGAUUCAACCUCGAGUGUUUCGUCGCUGCCUUCGCUGCCGACAUUCAACCACAGCCUCACUCCGUCUUCAAGUAACGCUGGCCAUGCUCGAGCUUAUCCUUUCGGCAAUUACGAAGACGAUAUGGAAGUGAUGGAGUCGGAUGAUGAUGAACGCCACGUUCCGUCUUCGUCCGCCUCUUCCUCCAGCAACCAUCACAUGGGCUCGUCUUCUGGAAAGCAAAGAUAUGGCUCGUCACGUCGCACCGACUCGUACAUUCUUACCACGUCGCCCUCCACCAACUCUCCGGGCUCCUUUACAUUCCACUCGACCUCGGAAGAUCCAAGCGAGGCAGGCGCCUCCACCGAUGCGAUCCACGCCUCGCUCGUGCUCGCUCGCCAUAUCUUCUCGGUGGCUGUCACCGAAAAGUGGUGCCGUCAAGACAACUUCUCCAACGCUGUGGCCGUCCGCGUCAACGUCGGAAGCUACAUCCUCUACCCGCAAGAGGGCUCGUCCAUGCCUGCCUUCUCGCGAGCCAUGCUCGAGCUCAACUGUGAUGCGGCCAUCAUCAUCAACACCCCGCUGGUGGCAGCUGCCCUCUCCACCCUCAACCCAGGAGAGGAUGAGAUCCGCCUGAGCUCCUCCAAGCGUGUCCAGGUGGUCAAGAGCCUCGACUACCUCGGCGGUGCUCGACGUGCUCAGAUGGCCGCAUUCUCGGAUACCGAACAGGUGCUGGUGAUCUGGACCGAAUCGUGCCGAGACCUCAUCGAGCAGGUCCGCGCUUUCGAGCGCCUGCUGGUCGACUACGUGUGGUCCAUCACUGCUGAUCCGACGGCCUCGGCUCGACACAGCAUGGUGUCGCGUUCGCCCUCGCUCAUGUCGCUCAACACCGCGGUCGAGAACACGGUGGUAAGCUCGGCUUCCGCCGAGUCGGACCUGGCUCAGCUCGAGAGCUAUGUGCCGGAAGUGCGCAAGGCGGAAUGGUUCGCGGGAGCGGUGCGUGGCCUGGGUGUCUGCAUCGCCACUGUGGUGGUGGCCAAUUGGAUCCGAACCAUCGUCCAGGCUGUCCGCCUCGACGGCGAGCCGAUCUACCUCGUUGCUCUUCUUGCCGUGCUUCCGAUGUUCUUUGUGCUCCUUCCGAUGGCGGAUAGUGUGGCCAGCUGCGUCUCCAUGGCCAUCGGACCGAUCCGUCCCAUGAUGCGCAACUCGCGAUACUACUCCGGCAUCACACCCGAGCCUCCCGUCGGCAAGACCAUUCUUCCUCACGUCACCAUCCAGGUACCUGUCUACAAGGAGUCGCUCGUUCAGGUUCUCCAGCCCACGCUCGACUCCGUCAGGGCCGCCAUCACCGAGUACGAGCUGCAAGGCGGUACCGCUUCUAUCCUCAUCGCUGAAGACGGCAUGUUGGUCGUCGACGACGAAGAGCGAGAGGCGCGUCUUGACUUUUACCGUCGCCACGACAUUGCUUGGAUCGCCCGUCCACGUCACGGAGACAUGUUCACCCGUGCAGGUCGCUUCAAGAAGGCCUCCAAUCUCAACUUCAGCAUGCAGAUCUCGAAGAAGUACGAAGAAUCGAUCCUCGCCAACCCCAACCAAGACCGCGAAUCUCUGCUUCAGCGCAUCUUGAAGGAGCGACACCCAGAAGCCACCGGCGAGGGCGACGUCAGCGUGGGCGAGCUCAUCCUACUGCUCGACUCCGACACGCGUAUCCCCGCUGACUCGCUUCUUCCCAGCGCCUGGGAGAUGGCGUCUUCUCCCGAUGUCGCCAUCCUUCAGCACUGCUCGGGCGUUCUCAUUGUCGGUUCGGGCUUCUUUGAAAAGUCGCUCGCCUACUUCAUGAGGUUCAUCUACUUUUUCAUCUCUUGGCAGACGGCGACUGGCGAAGUCGCCCCCUUUGUCGGCCACAACGCCUUCCUCCGCAAGUCGGCGAUCAUGGAGCUGGCAGAAGAGUCGCUUGGACCCAAGAACAGCGACGGUCACAUCAAGCCGUGGUCCGAGGAGACCGUCUCCGAAGAUCUCGACGUCGGCCUCCGUCUGCUCCUUCGCGGUUGGAUUACGCGCUGGGUGACCUACUCCAACUACGGUUUCCAGGAAGGUGUCUCGCUCACCUACGUCGACGAGGUCAACCGUUGGCGCAAGUACACGUUCGGCAUCUUUGAGCUCUUCCUCAACCCGCUCUGGCGAUGGCCGAUGCAGGGCCCCGUGCCCAAGCUCAUUCGCACCGUCUUCUGGUCGAACAAGGUGCCCGUCCACUACAAGUUCCACCUGCUCGCCUACGCCGCCGGCUACGUUGCCAUCGGAAUCUCGCUGCCCAGCGCUCUGGCACUCUACUUUGUCUCGGGCUGGCUCGGUCCGUGGUUGCUGCCGUUCUUCGUUCCCUCGUUCCAAUACUGGGUUGUUUCGCUGGUCAUCUUUGGCGCAACAGGCGCGCUCGGCGUCACGAUCGCGCGUCACCGCAGCGGCGAUGCCAACAUCUUCCGCGCGCUCGCACAGUUCCUUCUCUGGUACCCGAUCAACCUGGUCACCAUCGUCUCGCUUUCGAUUCCGCUCGUCAAGGCCAUGGUGUCGUUCCUCGUCUCUCUUCCGGUCUCCUUCGGCGUCACCGCCAAGGACGACAGCAACUUCCACUUUGCCAAGGAGGCUCCUCUCGUGCUUCGCCACUUCUGGCAGUCGAGCACCAUCUGCCUCGCCAUCGUGGCCGGCGUCAGCGUCUUGGCUACCUCGGCGGUGCCCAUCACGUGGCAGAUCACGGACUGGCCUACGAUGCUGCCCCUCCUCUUCAUCUCGGUCGCCACCCUCGUCUCUCCUUUCCUCCUCAACCCCGCGCUCAUCCGCUUCUCCUUCUAA